AUGGCCAGAUCAUAUAGAAGCCUUAGCGUUUAAAAAGAAAAUCAUGUCUUCUCAGGCUAUUCGAUUCAAAACAAAAUUAACAAAGGAGGAUUCGGAUCCAUUUACAAAGGAAUAGACAAAUCCACCAACCAAGAAGUCGCAAUCAAACAUUCACAAUUUGACUUAAAAAAAGAAUAUUAAAUUAUGACACUAUUAUCAAAUGUGGGUGGAAUCCCAAAAGUUUACGACUUCAAGGAAUAAGAAAGAUAGAGUUUCAUGAGCAUGGAGCUGUUAUCCCAAGAUUUACACACAAUCAAAAGUAAAUUCAAGCAAUUUUCACUUAAAUGCAUCUGCUUAAUAGCCAUAAAGGUAUUGGAGAUCUUAAAGUAAGUACACCAAAUGAAUGUGGUGCAUCGAGAUAUCAAGCCUACUAACCUAAUGGUGAAAUCACUUAAAGACCCACAAAUAUACCUUAUAGAUUUCGGAAUAGCCAAAGAUUAGAGUAGGACAGAACAUCGAUUGGAGUUCGAAGGCACAUUUUUGUAUGAUCCCAUUUCGGUGCAUAAGAGAUAGAAAUAUCGAUUUCUUGAUGACAUUGAAAUGCUGGCUUACACGCUCGUGUUUUUGUACAAUGGUCAUUUGCCCUGGAAAAAAUAUGGGAAUGAGGUCUUAGCCAAUGAGGAUGCAUUAAAGUAGAAGGAGUAGUAUAUAAAUUCAAAGGCAAUGACUCAGUUGCCCUUUGCUGAUCUGUUUGGAUACAUCAAGUGGAAUCAACAUAAAUAGAAACCUGAUUACGAGUUCUUGAUCAAUAUGUUUAGAAAUAUUUUGAGGGAGAAAAAGCUAAAUGAAGACUACUAAUUUGAUUGGAUGGAGUAAGCAACUCCUGCUCUGAAGAGGGAAUCGAAGCAUUUAAUAGUCGAGGAUCUGAACACAGAUUUAAAUGAGGCAGAAUAAACUUACAAGGGUGUUUCUUUUUUAUCACAACUAGUAUAUAAAUUCUUUAAGGAUUGA